AUGCGAUUCAACCCUUCCGCUUUCGUCCUUGCCGUUCUGGCGGGCACCGCCAUUGCUGGGCACUCCCAUAUCGAGGCUCGUGUUCCCCAGGCGAACGAUCCUCUUUCGUUUCUUUCUGGGCUUAGCUACGCUCCGAUCACUGAUCUGCUGAACCAAGUUCUCGGCCCUUCUCUGAGAAAGAUUGAAGAUGCCCUGAACUUUACCCUGACUCAGAAGCUUACGGAAAGCCUUCAAGGUGGCGCUCCGCUGAGUGUUUUGGUUGCCGUCGUUGAAGCUGUUGGAGAGCUCCUCAAUGGAGCUGACAUUGGUGCUGUUGACAAGAACCUCGCUGCCAACAGUAACGGCUACUUCGACUCGCUGGAUAGCGCUUUGGGUGUCGUUAACAUUGGACAAGUCGCCAAGGGCAUUUAG